UGCCACUCGGACGCAGAGGCUGCGCGGGUCUCCAAGAACGCGCACAAGGAGAGCCGGGAGGGCAAGGGCGCGGAGGGGAACCUCCCCGCCGCCUUCCUCAAGGAGCCGCAGAGCGCCUUCUCGGCAUCGGGCGCGGCGGAAGAUUGCAGCAAAAGUAAAUCCAAUUCCUCAGCGGACCCGGACUAUUGCCGCCGGAUCCUGGUGCGAGAUGCCAAGGGAUCCAUCCGAGAGAUCAUCCUGCCCAAGGGCCUGGACCUGGACCGGCCCAAGCGGACGCGCACGUCCUUCACGGCAGAGCAGCUCUACCGGCUGGAGAUGGAGUUCCAGCGCUGCCAGUACGUGGUGGGCCGCGAGAGGACCGAGCUCGCCCGGCAGCUCAACCUCUCCGAGACCCAGGUAGUACCAGGGCCUGGCCGUUCCAGCUCGGCCCCGGCCUCCUUCCCCACCGCCCCGGCCAGCGCUUCCGCACCAUCUUCGGGGGCUCUGGACAGAGCCUCUGGGGGAGUUCGGGAUGGAGAGCGUAAGAGUGGGUCCCUGGCCGGGAAUUUGCAAGAACUGUCCGCGCGGUACCUGAGCUCCUCGGCCUUCGAGCCGUACUCGCGGACCAGCAAUAAAGAAGGGGCCGAGAAGAAAGCGCUGGACUGAUCGGGAGCGUCCCCUGUAUUUAUAUUUAUAGUCUCUAUCGUGGCGAUAUUUAUGGACUCGCGCGAGUUAGGCGCCGGGGAUCCCGGCUCCCAGGAGGCCCCUGACAGCUCUGCUUCCCAACCAGGCUCUGCUACCAAUUUUAUCUCAUUUGGGCUGCUUUUUUUUUUUUCCUACAUCCCUCUCCCCCCAAACUUCCUCUGAAUCCAGGAGAAUCCAAAGAAUUAGGGGAAAGGCCCGAGUUAGACAACCCGAUGCUCCAACCGGUGCUGGGCCCCGGAGGGGAAAGGCCGGUUCUGAGGCCGGAGCACCGCGCACCUGCUGCCGCCCUUGAUGGUUAAAGUCUUGUGAAUAUUCGCAAGAGAAGAGCUGCACGCAGAGCCCAGGGGCUGGAAAAGCUGGCAGGUCCCCUUAGACCAAAAAGGAGUCCAUUCCUCCCUCUCGCCAGAGAAGCCAGGGCUGUGGGGAGCCCCUGGUCCCCGCUUUGCGGACCUCCCCGGAGAGCCAGGCGCACGCAGCUCCGGGCUGGACAGAUCCUGCUGAGGUUUCUCGCGUUAAAGAAACUCCGAUCGCAGCCACCUCCUGGGCUCCCGGACCCCGGGUAACACAUUUGACCCUAUCAGCAAUAAUCAGUGAUCACCCCCGCAUUCAGCCAGAGGAAGUGGAACCGGUUUUAAACUGCUCAUCACCACGGAGUUUGGAAGGUCUAAGGGAACUCGGCACAGAGAAUGCGCCACCGGGCAGUGCCAAUGAAAGUUCCGGGGGCUAACCUUGUACACAGCAACUAAAAAGGGAAAAGCAAAACGAAAAGCCCACGCAGCGAAUGGAAGAAAAUCCCGCAUCAUCUUCUAGACAGCGGCUGGGCGGUGGCCUACAGCUGCGCGCCGCUCAGGGAGAGAGAGAGCGCGGUGCGGCUCCGUGGCGCUCCUCCGCACCGCCUCCCCACGCGUGGCUGUGGGCAGCAUUGCUGGGUUUGCAAACAAAUCAGUGCCCGGUGCCUCUCGUGUCCUCCCCACUCCUGGAUUCACAAAACUCUUCCGACACGGGGAAACGUCUUGAUGGAUUUCAGAGCAGAAUUUUUUCGGAGGGAGAGGCGGGACGAAGCCUGGGACAGCGGCUCCGCUCGGCCCACUCUCCUCCAUCCGUAGUCCACGCGUCCAGAUGGGCAUCCUGUGUGGUUGGAAAGGAUCCCUCCCUUAACCCCCCAGGAAACCCAAGUCAGAGACCUGGACCUUACCGGUGCCGCAGCAACAGGACAGUCCCCACAGUCAUGGCUACCCGCAUUUUAACCAAAACCACAGACCCCAGUGUCGAGAAUGUAUUCCUCCACCGGAAGCCAGCCUAGAGCAUUUUAAAAAUAGUAAUUUUAUUGUAAAUUAUUUACGUCGGAAGCUUUGUUCCCUCUUUUUUUUUUUUAGGCAAAUUAUUUUUAGUGAAGAAAAUAAUGAG